AUGAAAUUUACUCAAGCUACUAUUGCUGCGUUUGCCGCUCUUCUCUCAGUCUCGGCUGCUGCUCCUGCCGCUGCUGCUAAUGAUGCUGAUUGCACCACCACUCAAGUUCAUGCUCAUCACAAGCAUAAACGUAACGUGGUCUACGACUACCAGUACGUCACCGUCACCGUCGACAACCAAGGUAGCUCCAUUGCCAGUGCUGUCACCGAUGCGUUAGCCCCAUCUUCUACUGCUGCUGCUUCAGUUUCCCAAGUUUCUUCUGCUCCAACUUUUGAAUCCGAAACCGAAACCACCGCUGCUUCUUCCUCUGCUGCUGCUUCCUCUGCUGCUGCUUCCUCUGCUGCUUCCUCUGCUCCUGCCUCUUCCGGCUCUUCUGGUUCUGGCUCUGGCUCCGGCUCUGGUUCUUAUCCAACCGGGGACUUGGCCGACUAUGAAGACCCAACUGAAGAAUUCGAAGACGGUAAAUACUCCUGUACUGAUUUCCCAUCUGGCCAAGGGGUUGUUGCCUUGGACCAUUUAGGUUUUGGUGGAUUUUCCGGUAUUGAAAAUUCUGAUGGUUCCACCGGUGGUCAAUGUAAAGAAGGUUCCUACUGUUCUUAUGCAUGUCAAUCAGGUAUGUCUAAAACCCAAUGGCCUUCUGACCAACCAUCUUCUGGGGUUUCUAUUGGUGGGUUAUUAUGUAAAAACGGUAAAUUAUACCGUUCCUCAUCUUCUAAAUACUUAUGUGAAUGGGGUCAAGAAAAAGCUAGUGUUGAAUCUAAAUUAAGCAAAUCAGUUGCCAUUUGUAGAACUGAUUAUCCAGGUACUGAAAAUAUGGUUAUUCCAACUGUGGUUGAAGGUGGUUCUUCUUCUGUUAUUACUGUCAUUGAUCAAGAAUCUUACUAUAAAUGGAAAGGUGGUAAAACCACCGCUCAAUAUUACGUUAAUAAUGCGGGUAUUGAUUGGACUAAAGGUUGUGUUUGGGGUACCGAUGGCUCUGGUAUUGGUAAUUGGGCUCCAUUGAAUUUUGGUGCUGGUUAUGAUAAUGGUAUUGCUUACUUAUCUUUAAUUCCAAAUCCAAAUAACUUAGAUUCUGCCAAUUUCAAAGUUGAAAUCGUGGCUGACGGUGAUGAUUCGGUUGUCAGUGGUGAUUGUACUUAUGCAAACGGUAAAUACAACGGUGAUGGUACCGAUGGUUGUACCGUUGGUGUUACCAAAGGUAAAGCUAAAUUUGUCUUAUAUAAUUAG